GUGGUUGAGCAGUGGAGCAGUCUGCCUCGGGAGGUGGUGGACGGCGUCCGCCUCGACGACCAGAAAGACGAGAUCCCGGUCGAGAGUUACGUGGCUCAGCGGUAUAUCGAAAACCCGUACUUGAUCGGGGGCCGUAAAUUCGACUUGCGGGUGUACGUCCUGGUGAUGUCGUACCUGCCCCUCAAAGCCUGGCUGUACCGAGACGGCUUUGCUCGCUUCUCCAACACGCGCUUCACUCUCAACACCAUCGACGACCAGUAUGUUCACCUGACAAACGUAGCCGUGCAGAAGACGGCCCCCGACUACGAUCCAGAGAAGGGCUGCAAGUGGAUGAUCCAGCAGUUCCGCCUCUACCUGACGGCCAAGCACGGGGCGGAGGCGGUGGAGGGCCUCUUUGCCGAGAUGGACAACAUCUUCAUCAAGAGCCUGCAGAGCGUCCAGAAAGUGAUCAUCAGCGACAAGCACUGCUUCGAGCUCUACGGCUACGACAUUCUGAUCGACCAGGACCUCAAGCCGUGGCUCCUAGAAGUCAACGCUUCUCCAUCCCUCACUGCCAGCAGCCCGGAGGACUACGAACUCAAGACCCACCUUCUCGAGGACACGCUGAACAUAGUGGACCUGGAAGGAAGUCAGUUGGGCUACAACAAUGACAGGAAGAAGCAGCUGAAGCGGCUUUUCAAGUCGAUUCAGACGCAGCAGAAAGUCUAA